GAGUCGCGCUGGGAUCGCAGCUGCUACUGCUGCACAGACAUGAGCUGUUUCCUGGGCUCCCUCCUACUGUUGCUGCUACUGCCAUAUGGCAUCUCAGGGCAACCCAAUGAGAGGCAGACUUUCACAUGCGGGGGAAAUCUGACUGGUGAUACUGGGGUGCUAGGAAGUGAGGGAUUCCCUGGAGUUUACCCUCCUAACAGCAAAUGUACGUGGAAAAUCACGGUACCAGAGGGCAAGGUGGUUGUCCUGUCAUUUCGCUUCAUUGACUUGGAGAGUGACAACUUGUGCCGUUACGACUUUGUGGAUGUAUAUAAUGGCCAUUCCAAUGUGCAUCGCAUUGGCCGCUUCUGUGGCACCUUUAGGCCUGGCGCUCUUGUAUCAAACAGCAACAAGAUGUUGGUCCAAAUGAUUUCAGAUGCCAACACCGCUGGAAAUGGUUUCAUUGCUGUGUUUUCUGCUGCAGAACCCAAUGAGAGAGAAGAUCAAUACUGUGGGGGACGACUGGAUAAACCUUCCGGAUCCUUCCAAACUCCCAACUGGCCAGAAAGGGAUUACCCUGCAGGAGUCACCUGCUCAUGGCACAUUGUUGCCCCCAAACAUCAGGUCAUAGAACUGAAGUUUGAAAAGUUUGAUGUAGAGAGAGACAAUUAUUGCCGAUAUGAUUACGUGGCGGUGUUCAAUGGCGGAGAAAUCAAUGAUGCGAAAAGAAUCGGGAAGUUCUGUGGGGAUAGUCCACCAGCGCCCAUUGUUUCAGAGCGAAAUGAACUCCUCAUCCAGUUCUUGUCUGAUCUCAGUUUAACUGCUGAUGGCUUUAAAGGCCAUUACAGAUUCAGGCCUAAAAAGUUACCCACAACCACAGUUUCUCCUGUCACCACCCCUGCCACCACAACAUCAAGUCUGAUACCAACCCUUGCACUUUGCCAACAGAAAUGCAAACGGACGGGGACGCUGGAGAGCAAUUACUGUUCCAGUAAUUUUGUUAUAACGGGUACAAUUAUCACAACUGUGAGCAGAGGCGGCAGCGUGUAUGCAACCAUUUCCAUUAUAAGUGUAUACAAGGAAGGUACGCUGGCAAUCCAGCAGGCAGGCAAAAAUAUGAGUGCCAAAAUCACUGUGGUUUGUAAGCAGUGCCCAAUGGUCAGAAGAGGAUUGAAUUACAUCAUCAUGGGUCAAGUGGAUGAGGAUGGACGGGCAAAGGUUUUACCCAGCAAUUAUGUGAUGACUUUCAAAACCAAGAAUCAGAAGUUGCUGAACACAUUAAAAAACAAGAGAUGUUAGAGCUUCAGCCAUCUGUCUUUCUCUACAAAUGUGACUGUACUUCCCAAACUUGGAUGAAGAUCGUUUGGAUGGCAAGAUUAAAGUCAAUCGCACCUGGUUGUGGUUUUAUCAUAAGACAAGUGGAGCAUAUUUUAUGCCGAUUUCUCCAACUGAGGUCCAGUCUGAACUGUUCUAGGUUCUGGCUACUUUAAUCUCUUUUGUUGGUAGGGGGAUUUAUUCAGUUUUUAAAUAAGGAAUGGUAGAAUAGAUUGUGUGUGUUAUUUAGCAACAACAAAUGUAUGAAUAGUUACUUGUUGCUGCCAUUUAAAAAAACAAAUAUUUAAAAGUCUCUCAUUAACUGCAGGAUGUGCAACGUGUGGCUCAUUUAAAGGUAUAGCUGGCGCUGUCACACUGGCUGCUGGGAAUUGUAGUUGAAAUCUAGAGACACAAACUGCAGAGGCCUGUACCCUUUCUUAGGUUAACACUCAAUGAUUCCCUUACUUAUUUAUAUAAAAAAUUAUGAUUUUGAUGUUGAAAGAGUAAUGUGAUGAUGUAACAUAAGGAAUUUAAAGUGCAAUAUUUAUGACAGUUUUAGAUAUUGUUAGAUUUUCUUCAGUGGAGCAGGUUCACUUUUGUUUAUUUUUUUUUAUCUACUGACAGUUCAUGUGUGUGACCUAUGCUUAAUAAAAUCAGUAUAUAAAUA